CUAUGGGAUUUGGUAUGGGAAUUACCGAAUUUAGACUUAGAAACUCUGCCACUCUGCGUGAUUUGGGUGAAUUUACAAAGCUGACACCCACCCUCAGACAGGGGACAUGAUAAUAAGAUCAUCUCCCUUAGAAGGUUCUGGCAAGCACUGGGCAAAAUAAUUGAUGAUGUUGAUUACUGAGCGUUUAAUGACUGAGUGCUUUGGGAAUUACAAAACAUCCUGAAAAAACACUUCCGCCCCUCUAGAAAGCCACCGAUCACAUGCUGUCUAUUGCAACAGUGCAGACAGGGGCAGCAGCUCCAGCUAGAGCUACAAAUCUGCCCCCAGGUACGUAUCAAGCACCUGUGCUGUGUAUUGCCCAGAAAACGUGUCGUGUGCGGUCAUCGCCCCUCAGAGUUAUUGCAGAGUUGGGAAGAAAACAAAAUGCUGCACUUCGGGAGGGUGCUCAGGGUGAUGUGGGAUAUUCAGAGAAAUCUUUAUGAAGGAUGCGACGUGAAAAGGGCACCCCACAGGGACGUCAGGAUGUGGAGAGGGUGAGAGAGAAAGGGGAAGCCACUGUGGGUAUUUGGAGAUAAGUUUGUCAGUGUUGUUCUGUAGUCGCAGUGUUAGUUCUUUCUCAGAGAUAGCUUUUUAUUUUGCUUAAAGCCAUAGUAUCUGAAGAUGUCCAGAGGUGGUAGGGAAGACCGCAGAGGACCAUCCACUGCCCUGCCCAGGGCGAGCCUCCUUCUGGGUGCCAGACUCAGCCAUCAUGGGAAUACGACAGCUUCCCAUCCCCUUCUGGACCGGAGAGGGAUUUAUGCCACGGGGACCACAGAAAAGAUUGGAGUAGGGGUAGGAGGAAUUCACAUUUAAUGAGCACCUUCCAGACGCCGGGGCUGCACUGGGUGCCUCACUGUGGCCCCGAGACAGGGAUGUCAUUAUCGGCAUUUUACUGACGGCGAAAGUAAAACCUCAGGGAGAUGUUCAGUCGUGUUAUCACACAGCCAGGAUUUGAACUCUUUGGCAAUCACUGAAGACCCCCAGAAUGAGAACAAACAUUUUGCAGGUGCUUUUAUUUUGGGGGUGUGCUUUGGGUUCCGCAGGUGUCUCCAUGGAAGCCAUUCUGAGACUCUUUGGAGAAUAUUUCUUUAAAUUCUGUAAGAUGUCUGGCUACGAUAGGAUGUUACGGACACUGGGAGGAAACCUCACGGAGUUUAUUGAAAACCUAGAUGCCCUCCACAGUUACCUCGCACUAUCUUAUCAGGAGAUGAACGCGCCAUCGUUCCGCGUGGAGAGAGAAGCAGACGGGAGGAUGCUUCUCCAUUACUACUCUGAUAGGAGGGGUCUGUGCCACAUCGUACCAGGUAUCAUUGAGGCUGUGGCCAAAGACUUCUUUGACAUUGAUGUGACCAUGGAUAUCCUCAGCAUGAAUAAGGAAGAGGAGAGGACAGGAAAGAAAGAGCAUGUUGUGUUUCUGGUUGUACAGAAGUCUCACAGCCAGAUGGGAAGGGCAAAGCCAAACAGGUUAAAAGGCAAUCAGGAUAUCCAGAGGGACCAAGAGGCCCUGGAGGCAGCUUUCCUUAGGAUGAAGGAGAAAUAUUUGAGUGUCUCUGUUUGCCCUGUGAAGAAAUCCCACUGGGAAGUUGUGAGAAGUAUAGUCAUGUUUGGAAAAGGGCAUCUCGUGAACACCUUUGUGCCCGUUUAUCCCGAGCGUCUCUGGAUUGAACAGAAGACAUUCUGCAAUGCUUUUCCUUUCCACAUUGUAUUUGAUGAAUCACUGAGGGUCAAGCAAGCCGGAGUGAAUAUUCAGAAGUAUGUCCCAGGACUCCAAAACCAGAAGAUUCGAUUGGAUGAGUAUUUCUCCAUCAUUCAUCCCCAAGUUACCUUCGACAUUUUCAGCAUCUGCAAAUUUAUCAACAGUCAAUUUGUCCUGAAGGUCCGAAGAGAAAGGAUGCCUGAGGCAUGGAAAAGUCAGCCCGCACUCAAACUGCGAGGCCAGAUGAUCUGGAUGGAGUCCGCGCGGUGCAUGAUAUACCUGUGCUCCCCGAAGCUCCGCAGCCUACGAGAGCUGGAGGCGCACCGGAUGCACCUGUCUGACAUCGCCCCCCACGACACCACCAGGGACCUCAUCCUCCUGAACCAACAGCGGCUGGCAGAGAUUGAGCUGUCCAACCAGCUGGAGAGGAAGAAGGAGGAGCUGCGGGUCCUCUCCCAGCACUUGGCCAUAGAAAAGAAGAAAACCGAGACCUUGCUUUAUGCCAUGCUGCCGGAACAUGUGGCCAACCAGCUGAAGGAGGGCAAAAAGGUCGCUGCGGGAGAAUUUAAAACCUGCACCAUUCUCUUCAGUGACGUGGUGACAUUUACUAACAUCUGUGCUGCCUGCCAACCUAUCCAGAUAGUGACCAUGCUGAAUUCCAUGUAUUCCAAGUUUGACAGAUUAACCAGUGUCCACGAGGUCUACAAAGUGGAAACUAUAGGAGAUGCCUACAUGGUGGUAGGGGGCGUACCAGUGCCCAUUGGAAGUCAUGCUCAAAGAGUGGCUAACUUUGCUCUGGGGAUGAGAAUUUCUGCAAAAGAAGUGAUGAAUCCUGUUACUGGAGAGCCCAUCCAGGUAGAGAGAAACUGAGUACUUUGGUUGAUAUCGACCAUCCCACACACUACAAAGUAGAAUUCUGUUUAUUAGUCUGCUCACGUGGCUGCUGGGCAUGUUACAGGAAGUACGAUGGGUAACGUCUCCCAACUCUUGUCUUCUCUUGAAUAUGUUUCAAGUAAUAGAAAUAUUAGCAAAGAUAUCAUCGUCCCAAGUUUUCUUAAAUUUCAGGGGAGGCUUUGGAGCGUGGGAUUUUCAUGUGAUUUACCACGAGUGUCUUUCUCGAUAGCUUGGGACGGUGCUGAGCAAGCCUCUCCACUUGCUUUGCAGGGCUCGAUCCGUCUUGGUAUCUGGCUCGUUCGUAAUGCCUGCUUUUUUAUUUGAGCAUCCAACCUAACAAGUGGCUCACCCUGCCCGCCCCUGGGGAAACUGUAUACUCAGCAUGUCCUCUCCCAGGUCAAGUCAGGCUGAGGCAGGAAACUGCUUCCAGCCAGCAGCUCGGACACCACGAUGCCAUGAGAGAUUUAGAACAGCGUUCCUCCCACCACGUGGCCCUGAGUAAGACAUCUGCCCACCUUUCUCACAGGAACCUGCUCUUCCGGGCGUGGACAUUUGUUCACACUAUAAAAGAUGGACAAUUUUGGAGAUGAAAAGCAGGUGUCGUCUUCUGUCUGCUCAGCAGAUCCUUGACGCCCUGAGAUGCCUUAGAGCAGGGCUUCUGCAUUUUAAAAUGUAAUCCCUUCCCUGAUCCUGACAGUCAGGUCUUCAAAAUAAACUACACAGCCAACCGAAACUCAAUAAAGACAAGUAUAAGACAGAAUCGGAUUUUUCUAACUUAUGACCCUUAUGUAGGAGAUUCUGAAGAUGUGUUCAGCUCACCUUCACCACAAGUCAGACACUGAGAAAUGCUGCAGGUUCUGGUUCUGGUAUGCACUGCGUGCUUCUGAGUAAAAGCCAGCUUUACGUAAUUGCAGGAACUGCAUAUCCACAAUAUUUGGUCCGUUGGAAACACGCAGAUACAUCCGUUGAAUAAAAGCCCCAGGAUCAUAAAUAAAAAUCAAGAUGGGAGGGAAUGAGAUAAGAAGGUCAGAUAAGAGAUAUGUGUUUCAGUUAAAGGGCUCUAAUAUAAGCCAUUAAAGAAAAAAAGAAUUGAAUAUAUACCGUUGUGUAAAGUGUGUGUGUGUGUGUGUGUGCGCGCGCGCGCGCGCGCGCGUGAGUGUGUGUAAAAGGCAUAGCUAUAGAGAUGACAGUAAUGUCAUACCAGUAAGAAUGAAAUUAAACAAUGAAUUCCUGGAAACUAUCCUGGUGGAUUUUACCCAGAAGAAAGCAGGAAAAGAUGUUAUCAAGUUUAAGAUAAGAAUAGGGACAUAGGAGCAUCAUUAAAUAUCCUCCAGAAACAACCUACCGUGUGGGUUUAUUUAAGGAAGUAGGGAAAAGGACUUGAAACAUUUCACUCUCUUAGAAGAACUGUGCUGCCAUUUCAACAAUUUUUAAAUUAGUACUCUUUGAGAUCUUCUACUAUUUUAUUCACAUUUCCUUCAACGCACAUGUACUGAGGUCCUACUCUGCAUGAGACAGUAUUCUCGGUGUUUGACAGGCUCAUUUUCCUAGAGGAAUGCAUCUUCUUAUUUCAGGGAGAAGAAAAUCUAGCCUGAAAAGAUAACUAAGUCUGGCUAGGAUGUAGAAAGCUGCAAUAGGCUGCUCUUCCAAUACUAGUCGUUAAAAAAACUUAGUGAGCAAAGAAAUAGAAAUAAACUGAUUCCAGAAAGCAACCAGCCCUUUCAAAGAGGACACCCAUAGUUAUGUUCAUGUCUAGUGGAGCUGCAGGUGAGGGUGAGAAGAAACCAGUCUGAAUUUUAGUGAACUUUAAUGGCCACAUGGAGGCCAGAAUGAUAGGUUAGAAUCCCAAAGAUCCUGUCUUUUGUCAGUUCUAGCCACAGAAUCUGUACCCGUCUACAAACUCUCCCACAGGCCUUCACCAAGUACAUGUGGUUAUUCAGUCAAAGGAUGGGGUUAGGAGGAGAACUGAGAGAAACCCCCAGUCCCUGAGGCAUGUGAGGCACAUUCUCCAAAUGCGAGUCAAUGGCCCAUGAAAAGCUAGGGUUAGAGUCAGAGAACAGACAGAAAUCCCUGUGAGGUAUUCUUGGCCUUUACCAAGUGCACUACAAUGACACUUUGAAGUCUAAGGGCAGAGAAGAAUGGUAAAGAGAUAUCUCCCAAUGUGCAGAGAGCCAGCAUGGGACUAAAGAGCAAAGAGACCCCCAAACACCUCACCUCACAAUUAGGCUGUAAAUCAGAAAGAGAUCUUCCACAAUUUAGAAAGCUGGAGACUUACUGUAAAGUAUAAGGAGGUUCUCAGAUCCUUGCUUGUCCCCACAUCCCGAGCCCUGAUGGUGAUAAAAUCCUGAUCUAGCCUUCUUAAUAUAUGAAAUCAUAUAUUGCAUGGAAUCUAGCAGUAUCUUGGCAAAAGAAGCCCAGACUCAAUU